GCGAACCAAACAGCCCCUUAGCCAACCAAACAAUUCAAAAACCUAUUUUUUUAGAAAUAGGUUUUAUUUUUUUGAUUUCCUUUUUUUUUUAAGGCAAACGAACAGACCCUAAUCCGAAGUCGGAUAAAUUUACAGAUCCUCUCCUUUCUUGAAAAGUGCAUCUUGGAUUCGUACUAAGAAUCCUGUCCAAAUCCUUGUUACAGUAACGAAGCGGCUUCCACAAUAUUUGGUCGGGCCUUUCUUUUUGAUACCAGCAUUAACUACUGUUAAAGAAACAGUGACAUCGAACUCCAAAGUGCGAACCUCAAAAGUUCAAACAGUUGCAAUGUGAACAUGGGGGCCUCUUUCCUUCUCAUUCCUUGGUCCUUAGCUGUCAAACAAAAUCUUGGGAACCUAAAACCCCUGUGUUUUCUGCUUCCUCAUGCUUCAAUCUGUCAGAACCUCGAACCUGUAUCAGCUCAAAUCAAAAUUUGCUUCUUCAGUUGAAGCGUUCAAAGCUUUUUGGGUUCUAAUUUUAAGCAAAUCAGGAUUCGGGAUUAAUGAGCAAUGCUCUCCCCCGUUCAGAGUUUGUUGGAUUUGAACCUGGGUCAGUUUUUAGGGUUCCGUCCUUUAUUAUGAGCUACUUCUAGCUUUCAGCUUCACUUUGUGCACAAAAUUGUGUCUCUGUGGACUUUUUUGGGUUCUUUUUAAAGAAAGAUGGAUUCUAUUUCAUGUAAAGCACCCAAAAGCUCCUCAAACAUCUCUGAGUUCUUAAUUCGCUUCUCCAAGCUCUGCAAGAGGAGAUCUUUCGCAGGUUUCGCAGUCGAAAACCCCAAACCCACCAAUGAUUCGAACACUGAGGGCAGCGAGGACAGCAGGGAUCCAAAAAUCUACCCUCAACCUUUUGAUGACACACUGAUUAAAGAAAAUCUUGAAGGUUCAGAAGACACUACAAUGUCAAAGCUUUUCACAGCGAUUUCGGCUCUUAAAUCUGCAUACGUUCAGCUCCAGCGAGCUCACAUCCCUUAUGAACCCAGAAAGAUUCAGGAUGCUGAUGAGCUCAUUGUGUCUGAGCUUGAUUCCAUUUCAAGGCUAGAGGAAGUCUUUUAUAAUGGAGAGCAACGAAGAAAGGCAAAGUCUCUGUUUUCUUUGUGUCAAGAGAUUCGAGAGCAUGAACAACUGAUACUCGAGUUGCAAUCAAGAAACCAAGCCAAAGAAUCUGAUGUCCUUCAGUUGAGACAAGUUGUCGAAGAGUUGGAUCAAAACUAUGCAGAAUUAGAGAAGGAGGUCAAGAAAAAAAUGCCACCUAAAUAUGAUAUUUCUCUGUUUAAUCAAGAAUGGACACCAAGUGUUUUCUUUGAUGCCUUCAAGUUGACAUCAAAAGCAAUUCAUGACUUCACAAAGCCGCUGAUUAGCUUGAUGAAAGCUUCUGGUUGGAAUCUUGACCAAGCUGCUGAUUCCAUAGAGAACCAAGCCAUCUAUACUGAGAGAUGUCACAAGAAGUUUGCCUUUGAGGCCUACGUCUCUCGUGUAAUGUUCAGUAGAAAUCGAUCCGAAUGGUUUAAGCUAGACCAUUUUGAUCGAGUCUUGAGGUUUUCAAACCCCUUUGAUGCUCUGAUAGAAGACCCAGAUUCCAAUUUUGGGAAAUUUUGUCGGUAUAAAUAUGUUCUGUUAGUGAAAUCGAAGAUGGAGAGCUCGUUAUUUGGUAAUUUGGACCAAAGGGAAUUUGUUCUGAGAGGUGGGCAUCCAAGGACGCCAUUUUAUCAAGCGUUUGUCAGAAUGGCGAUAUGGGUGUGGGCUUUGCAGGUGAUGGCUCAUUCCUUCAUUCCGAAGGCUGACGUCUUUUAUGCUAAGAGAGGGAGUAGGUUUGAAGAGGAGUAUAUGGAGAGUGUCGUGGACUCGGCAACAGAUAGAGGAGAGCAAAAGGUGGAGGUGGGUUUUACAGUGAUGCCCGGGUUUAAGAUUGGGAACAAUGUGAUUCGAUGCAGAGUUUAUCCGUGCAAGAUGUAAAUCCUCAAGCAAUUUGCUUUGAUCCAUUGGAGCUCUGGUAAGGUAAGUUUCGACUAUGUGACAUUUUAAUUUACCUUUCACUGACCUUAAUUGUUUCUUAAAAUUAAGGAGUAGGAGCUUGAGGUGAUACAUAUGUUUGUGGAGUUGUAAGUUUCUUACUUGAUUUAUGGCUUAGAUUGAUAUGGAUGGAAAUUUCAAAACACAUGUACAUCCUUGUUUCUUCGUUUCCAUGGAGACACUUGAUUUUAAGCUCAAUUGUUUGGUUUGUGAAAGAGAAGUGCAUGUAAUUCGUGGUCAUAUUUCCGAACUAAUGUCGUAAAUGAUGUCAACCAUGAAAGAUGA